UUUAUCUAAAGCGGUGACGCAUAAAAAUAAAACUAAUCGCGUACCCUAUAUAGCUUUUAAAGAUUUUGUCUCUGCAUCAAGAAGCGAUCGAGAAAGAGUGGACAAAAAGCGCAAAAACAUCUGUUUGGAUUAGAAAACUUUGGUAGAAGGAUGAGUUUUCCCGAUCUUCCAGAGGAUUUAGCAGAAGAUAUAUGCUCUAGGGUUCCAAUGAAAUCUCUAGGUGCAAUGGGAUCCACUUGCAAAACGUUAUACGAUUUAUCCAAAAACCAUAUGUUAGGUACAGCAGCAAGGAAGCAAGAGUUUCGAGGGUUCUAUAUAAAGGAUUUUAAGGUUUGUUUCAUGACGUUCGUUCUCCAAGGAAUCCGCGAUGACUAUAGUCACUACGUUAAUCCACCUAUGAAGGAAAUAAGUAUACUUGGUAAAGUCGAGCCAUAUAAAGUCUUUCACUGUGACGGCUUAUUAUUAUGUGAUAUCGAGCACGAAUCUAAGGCUUCUAAGCUCGUGGUAUGGAACCCGUAUCUAGGGCAAACUUGGUGUAUCCAGGACGGUCACCGUUCAUACAAAUUAGAUUUGUAUGCUCUCGGAUACGACAAGAACCGUAACCACAAAAUCUUGAGGUUUUUCGAUUACUACAGUGGGAUAGAACCAGGUUUUAUUAGCCAGAUCUACGAGUUUAGCUCUAAUUCAUGGAGAGAUCUUUCUGUCACUCCCGACGAGCAUGCAUGGUUUAUAAGAGGUUGCGUGUCUUUGAAAGGAAAUACUUAUUUUUUGGCUCAAAAGGAUGAACGUUUUUUACUCUGUUUUGACUUUACAACAGAGAGAUUUGGACCGCGUCUUUAUCUGCCCUCUAGCUCUUUUUCUGAAGAGCGUGUGACUCUAUCUUGUGUCAGAGAGGAGCAGGUGGCUGUGUUAUACCAAAGGUCUGAGACAGAUGGGCCGUCGAUGAUUGAGAUUUGGGUUACGAAUAAGAUUGAUCCCAGUGCGGUAUCAUGGAGCAAGUUUUUGAACGUUAAUAUCACAGCUGAUCUUACUGGUUUUCCUGUUGGUUUUCAAGCUGGAAGCUUCUUCAUCGACGAGGAGAAGAAGGUCGCUGUGGUUUUUGAUCUUGACGCGUAUUUAGAGUACAAGUUUUUAUACUACCAAACAGCUCAUAUUAUUGGAGAAGAUGGAUAUAUUAAAUCUGUGAUUGGAGAUGGUCCCGAUAACGGAGAUUGUCACCCACUUGUCUUCUCUUCUUAUGUUCCAAGUUUAGUGCAACUUCAAAUCAACCGCAAAAGGAAAGCAAAAUGUUAUUAAUUAGUUCAACUUCCAGAUCCUUGAUGUGUUUCUUACUGACUUUCAUUUCAUGUACUCUUGAAAUAACCUGUUAUUAAUUUCUUCUCUUUUUGUUUUGUGUUCAGUAUUAUGUAAUUAACUUGUG